AUGACCAAGCGGCAAGCUCUCAGCACAGUGAUGGCGGUGUUUGAUCCGCUCGGACUACUUGCCUGCUUCACCAUCCGAGCCCGAGUACUACUACAGGACAUCUGGUGCUCUGGUAUCGGCUGGGACGAUGAGCUGCCCACUUCUAUCAAGGUCAGGUGGGAUGAAUGGUGCCAAGACUUGCAAUCGCUUUGCAAAGUCAACAUCCCACGCUGCUACUCACUAGCUGUUGCCGACGCUACCAGUAUUGAGCUGCACACGUUCUGCGACGCGAGUGAGAAAGCUUUCGGUGCUGCCUCAUACUGGCGUUUUCAGUUGAGCAAUGCGUCCGUCGCAACAUCGUUAGUGAUGGCGAAGACCAGAGUGGCGCCACUCAAGCCACUGUCCAUCCCUAGACUCGAGCUGCAAGCUGCCGUUCUGGGCGCACGCCUAUCGUCAGCUGUUCUGCAGCAUCACAGCUUCGACUGCUGCAAGUCCGUUCUGUGGUCCGAUUCUCAGACCGCCCUGAGCUGGAUACGAGCUGAUGCCAGGUGCUACAAGCCGUUUGUGGCACACCGCGUCGGCGAGAUCAAGGAGCUCACCAACGAGUCCAACUGGCGCUGGGUACCCACUGCUGACAACGUAGCCGAUGACCUCUCCCGCGGCGUACCUGUUAUGGAAAUCGUCGAAUCGACACGUUGGCUGCAAGGGCCCGACUUUCUGCGCAACCAACCAGCUAGUUGGCCAUCCGCCGCUCCUGAAGUGGAGCCAGAGGACACGGACCCCGAGCUGAAGCGAGAGUUCUGCGGGGCCACUGUCGCCACGACGUCCCUGCAGGAAGCUCUCCCCGAUAUCGCCAGGUUUUCAUCAUGGAUGCGUCUGGUUCGCACCACAGCCUGGGUGACCCGCUUCGUUGAGCGCCUGAAGGCUAGAGUUGCCAAGAAAGCCGUGAAUCCCAGUAGCGAACUGUUGCCAUCAGAGUUCCGACACGCCCAGCAGCUCUGGUGGGAGAACGUGCAGCAACAGUCGUUCCCUGACGAACUCGCCGCGCUGCAGCAGGGCAAGCCAGUCACCCGCAGCAGCCGCCUGGCAUCGCUGACGCUGACCCUAUUGGACAGCACCAUAGUGGUUCACGGGAGAACAGACAACACGCCUCACUUGUCUGAGUCUACAAAGCGUCCAGUGUUACUACACCCGAUUACUCAUCCUGCAGCACCACGUCUGGGCAGGUCAUCAAGGGCAGGAACAAGUUCGGAACGAUUUACGCCAGCAGUACUGGAUUCCCAGAUCUCGAGCCGCUGUUCGCCGUGCCUGGAACUCCUGUUUGAGGUGCCGUCACUUCGCAGCCACACCGCAGCCACCGGUAAUGGCGCCGCUACCGGAGUGCAGAACCGCAGCGUAUGA